CCUUUUGCGUUUGUUGGAUUCCCCGUGGGUUGCGUUGAUCGCAAGGCAGGUCGAGUUUGUAUUGUUCAAACUUUUGAUCUCGGGACAUUUCUUUCUUUCCUUUUCUUCACCACGGCCUUUUCGCUCAUUGAUUUUAUUCCAUUGUCUCUUACCGACCAGCUGCUGCUCGUUCAGCGGGAUCUGAACUCUACCGAUACCGACUCAACGAUAAUUUGCGUUGCGCCAGCUGGGCGCUUCUAGCUUCGAAAAUAGAAACAAAGGGCGUCGACAAUCUACUGGGAUACUACAGAAGGAGACUUUUUUUUUUUAUAUCAUUUCGAUUUUUUUCACUAGCGACAAUGGGAUACGAAGAGUAUGAGAGCUAUGAGCGCCAGACGGAGCGGUCCAGAUGGACGCCCCUGACGCGGAUGCUGCUCUCUGGAGAGAUGACACAGGAGAAGCAGCAGGAGCUGACGAACCGGGAGAAAUUCGAUCGAUGGAUGAUUAACGAGGGUUACCGAAGAGUGUUCGUCUUCGUCUUUAUUCUCGCCCACGCCCUGAUUUUCGCCUUUGCUUGCGUUCACUACGGCCUCAAAGACAGCUUGGCGACGGCUCGAAGCAUCUUUGGCUUCACAUUCGUCAUUGCGCGAGCCUCUGCGCUGGUCCUCCACGUCGACGUCGGCAUCAUCCUCUUCCCCGUCUGCAGAACCCUCAUCUCGCUGCUCCGACAGACUCCCCUCAACGGCGUUAUCCAAUUCGACAAGAACAUCACCUUCCACAUCACGACGGCCUGGUCGAUUGUCUUCUUCUCCUGGGCCCACACCAUUGCUCACUGGAACAACUUUGCGCAGGUGGCCAUCAAGAACAACCUUGGAGUCUAUGGCUGGCUGCUUGCCAACUUCGCCUCUGGCCCCGGCUGGACGGGAUACAUCAUGUUGAUUGCGCUCAUGGGCAUGGUCUUCACCUCGAUCGAGAAGCCUCGACGAGCCAACUACGAGCGAUUCUGGUACACCCACCACAUGUUCAUCAUCUUCUUCAUCUUCUGGGCCAUCCACGGAGCCUUCUGCAUGAUUCAGCCUGACGUGGCGCCAUUCUGCACUAGCAUUGGGCCCUCGGCCAUUGGUGUGUUUUGGCAAUACUGGAUGUACGGAGGAUUCAUCUACCUGGCGGAGAGAAUUGCGCGAGAGAUUCGCGGACACCACAAGACGUACAUUUCAAAGGUCAUCCAGCACCCCAGCAACGUCUGCGAGAUCCAGAUCAAGAAGGAGAACACCAAGACGCGAGCCGGCCAGUACAUCUUCUUCUGCUGCCCGGCCGUGUCUCUCUGGCAGUACCACCCGUUUACCCUGACGAGCGCCCCCGAGGAGGACUACAUCUCCAUCCACAUGCGCUGCGUGGGUGACUUUACCAAGGAGGUCUCGGCCAUUCUGGGCUGCGAGUGGGACAAGAAGGGCAGCUCGAGCAAGGUCGUUGGCGUUUCUGGCGACGAAAACACCGACCCAGCCCUGAAGCGCGUCCUGCCCCGAGUCUACAUCGACGGCCCCUUCGGAUCAGCCUCCGAGGACGUCUUCAAGUACGAAGUGGCGGUCCUCGUCGGCGCCGGUAUUGGCGUCACCCCUUUUGCCUCGAUCCUCAAGUCCAUCUGGUACCGCAUGAACUACCCGCAGCAGAAGACGCGCCUGCGCAAGGUCUACUUCUUCUGGAUCUGCCGAGACUUUGGAUCCUUUGAGUGGUUCCGCUCGCUGCUGCUGGCCGUCGAGGCGCAGGACGUGGACAACCGCAUCGAGAUCCACACGUACCUGACGGCCAAGAUCAAGGCGGACGAUGCCACAAACAUCAUGAUCAACGACGCAAACGCCGACAAGGAUGCCAUUACGGGCCUGAGGAGUCCCACCAACUUUGGCCGUCCCAACUGGGACAUGAUUUUCCGAGGCAUCCGGAAGCUGCACACGCCUGCUGAGGCGGGUGUGUUUUUCUGUGGACCCAAGGGAUUGGGAAGUUCGUUGCACGUUUACUGCAACAAGUAUACGGACCCUGAGUUCUCAUUCGUCUGGGGCAAGGAAAACUUCUAAGUCAAUGCCUCAAUUGGGCUUUUUUUUUUCUGCUGCCGUGUCUUUUUUUCAUUUUCCAUCAUUCUUUGUUUUCUUUCACUUUGUCGGUUCACUCUGUCCCCCCUCUCACGAUACCAAAAAGCCUCUCUGCUCUCAGUUGGUGGAUAGAGAAACGAAUUCUCCCCUUUUAUCUAUAAACGUAAUAAUUUUUCAUCCAAAAAGCUCUUGCGCUGGACGCGAAGCAUACAACGUAAACUGUUGGCAAGCGGCUAGAGGGGGAGAGCUGACAAAGAGGAGGAGGAGGAGGAGGGUAGCGAUAUAAGAGUGAGUGAGAGAGGAGGUGUUGUGUUUUGUCAAAUAUUCCAAGCUAGAUGAGAGACGAUAUUAUAUAUACAAUCUACGAGUGUGCACAUUCUCU